AUGAGUUGCCACACAGAGUGCAACUCCAUCGGAGCAUUCGAUCUCUUCCUUCUCAAUGAUGGCGAGAAGAAGAUCACCGAGAAGCCCUUCGCUGGCAUGUCGAACACCUCGGACUUCAUCAUCAUGAAGGAAGACCACACCGUCGGCAAUCUUCUUGCUGAGCACUUCAAGCAGCACCCCCACGUCAUGAUGGCUGGAUACAAAGUUGCUCAUCCUAACGUGCCCGAGCUGCUCAUCCGCCUCCAAACAGACGGCACCGCCACCCCUCGUGAAAUUUUCGUCGAGGUCUGCAAGCAACUUGUUGCGUCCCUCGGACAGCUCGCACAGAACUUCACCCGAGAGUACGAGCUACGUCGCAUGGCUACUGCGGGAGAGCAAGACAGUAACGGCCCUAACGGCAGACCGUAA